CUAAAACCAUCAAUCGUCUUUCAUUUUCUUUCCAUUUAUUCAGGUAAAUCCAAACAUGAGGGAAUAACUCUGUUUAACUUUUCCUUUUUGCAGCAUUUUACGUGAACAAGAAAUGGAAUAUUAUAAAGCGUAAUCCCUCAUGGCAAAAGAGCUUGCAGAAAAAAAGGUGUUAGAAAAGGACUUUGCUGGAGCCCAAGUGCUUGCAUUGAAAACCCAAAACCUGUUUCCUAGCCUUGAUGGCCUGAGCAAACUUCUUGACGUGAUCAACAUCUAUGUCAACUUUGAGAAGAAAUUGACUGGUAUGCUGUCCUUGAAGUGGACUCUUUAGUUGAUGAUGAGACACAGAAGACAUUGCACACAAAUAGCCACAUCUCUACGACUCAACCCCGGAUGGACUCUUUAGUUGAUGAUGAGACACAGAAGACAUUGCACACAAAUAGCCACAUCUCUACUACUCAACCCCGGACAACAAUGACUUUUGUGGGGCAAAUGGUGCUUUCUGGAUACUUGUGCAAGUAUGCAGUUUGUUUUCAGAUCAUACUAAGAGAGCUACUUAUGAUAGACGACGGCAAAGGCUUGCUAUGGCAACUUGUCAGAACGUCUUCUGUAGAUCUUAUGCUGCCAGUAAGAUCCAACUAACAUCCAUUCCACCACAACCACUAAUGUUAUUCUUGCCAGAGAGAAACACUGUUUGGACUAAAUGCAGUUGGUGCAACAUGCAAUUCCAAUGCUCAACUGUCUACCUCCAAAAACUUCUUAUAUGUGUCCGCUGCCAUUCGUCCUUUUUGGCAACCGAGGAAACAUCAGUUUCUUGGCAGACAGUCCUUAAGGACCCUUCUUCUGAGGUAAAAUUUCUCAGUCCCAUGGACUUUGCCAAACUUUCCCUUUUUUACUUUUCUUAUUUCCCAGAAACCGGCAAAGUUCAACGGGACGGAGGUAAUAUGUCAAACGAGAGCGGACAUCUACAAUCUUGGGCCAUAAGCAUGUGGUUCAGUACCUCUAUCUCUUUAUCUUCAGCAUCUAUGAUUUGGACAGGUUCAGAGGGUAGGGCAGCAGGGCAGUGCUCCAAAAAAACUCCAGAAGGAGCAUUUGGAUCUUCUAAAGUUAUGACUUAUGACAUAUUUCAGGAUUCGGUGAUAUAGUCUAAAGAUCUCUUCUUUUCGGGAUGGACCAGAUUUUAGUUUUCCUCAUGCUGUUUAAACACUAAUCUAUAGCCAUGCACUUUGACCAACGUAACAACCCUCGCAACUCCAUUAGUGAUUAAAA